AUGUCCUUCGGCUCGGGCGGCUUUGGCUUCGGCCAGAGCAAUACAACCCAACAGCCAUCCGCCUUUGGUGGCGGAGCAUUUGGCUCAUCCAACACAGGUUCAGCUUUCGGCCAGAAUAACAAUACUACAUUCGGUGCGAACAAUACCAAUACCGGCGGCGGUCUCUUUGGCGGUGGUGCUGCUUCCACUGGCGGGUUUGGAAGCACAGGAAGUGCGUUCGGUUCCAAUAACACCACCAGCGCUUUCGGUGCAAACAACGCCAAUAAGACUGCCUUUGGCUCGACGGGAACCACUGGUGGCGGUCUCUUUGGUGCUUCAUCAAACACCACUGCUGCUCCUUCGGCCUUUGGCGGAUUCGGAAGCAGUACGACAGCCGCGCCGGCCACAUCAGCGUUUGGUGGUGGCACCUCGCUGUUUGGUGCCAGCAAACCAGCGACUACUACUGGGGGUUUCGGCUCUGGCACCACGGGCGCCACCGGCGGAUCACUUUUUGGCGGUGGCAGUACGACCGGUGGCGCUUUUGGUAGCACGACUGGCAGUGCUUUUGGAGCAUCAAACAACCCAGGCAUAGGUACCAACAUCGGCGACCCCCCGGGAACCAACACGGUAGCUUUUCAGCCGACAGUCGAGAAAGAGCUCAACAACUCGGCUCAGCAGAACUCGUUUCAAAACAUUCUCUUCCAGGAUGCGUACAAGAAGUGGUCUGCAGACGAACUGCGUUUGGUUGAUUACAAUCAGGGUCGGCGAUAUGGCAACGGUACCGGUACGGGGGCUUUCGGUGUGAACUCUAGCUUUGGGUCAGGGGGAGGAUUUGGUACUAAUAACAACACAGGCGGCACUGGUUUCGGCACCACUACAACCGGAGGUGGCUUGUUUGGAAAUAACAACACCCAGACGACUACUUCCGCAUUCGGAUCGCAACCGGCAGCAACCGGAGGCUUCGGCAGCGGUGGUGGCGGUCUUUUCGGCGCACAACAGAACAAGCCUGCGGGUGGAUUGUUCGGAUCAAGCACAACCCAGCCAGCAGCACAAACAGGUGGUCUUUUUGGCGCCUCAAAUACCUCCGCUUUUGGCUCGAACAACAAUACGACAACCAGCGGCGCCUUCGGUUCAAGCACUACGACCACGGGUGGUGGUUUGUUCGGCGGCGGUGCCAAUGCUAACGCCAGCAAGCCUUCCGGCUUCGGGUUUGGCGCCCAGCAGCCAGCAGCUUCCACGACUGGCACCUCAUUUGGCGGCACCGGUGCAUUUGGCGGAGGUGCUUCCACUGGCACAUCCCUCUUUGGAAACAACAACAACCAACAGACCCAGCAACAAGGCGGAGGUCUCUUCGGCAACUCAGCGCAAACCAAUACCGGAAGUGCUUUCGGAGGAGGAGGCGCAUUCGGAGGUCAGAACCAGCAGCAAGGAACCUCAUCGCUAUUUGGUCAGAACAAACCCGCUGGCGGUUUGUUUGGCUCAUCCACGACCACCACCAACACUGGCGGAGGAGGCUUGUUUGGCAACUCCAACACCAACUCUACAACCGGCGCUUUUGGGGCCGCAAACAACACCCAGACGGGUGGUGGGUUGUUCGGCGGCGCAAAGCCUGCUGCGGCUACCGGUGGCCUCUUUGGCAAUUCAGCAACCAACCAGCAGGGCGCUACCGGUGGUGGCUUGUUCGGUAACGCGGGCGCAUCCCAGACUCAGCAGCAACCGGCCGCCGGCGGCUCUCUGUUCGGUGGUAGUCUGGGUCAGAAUCAGCAAAAGCCAUCCCUUUUUGGCAACUCUCAGGGUACAGGUGGUGGCAUGUUCGGCAAUAACAACCAGCAGCAGCAGCAGCAAGGUGGUGGUCUUUUUGGAGGCAGUCAACAGCAGUCCACGCUGGGUAACUCGCUCUUUGGAAACUCACAGAACCAGGCGCAGCCACAGGCCUUGACUACCAGCCUUGCUGACAUGUCGGCCUUCGGAACAAGCUCUCUCUUUGCUGGCGUCGGCGCCAACGAUGUUCAGAACCCCGGUCCUCUGGCGACGCCCUUGUCUUCCGCCAAGAAACAGCCUGCCAGGGCUUCGAUCCUACCGAUAUACCGUCUCUCUAAGCCUCAGACACCCAAGCGAGGCUUUGGAUUCUCCUACAGUACCUACGGAUCUCCUUCAACUCCUUCAAGUGCGAACAGCACCCCUGGUGGAUUUGGACAGAGCUUGCUCGCUGGCAGCCUAGGCCGCAGCUUAAACAAGAGCAUCUCCACAAGCUCGUUGAGGCGCUCAUUCAACGCCGAGGAUAGCAUUCUCGCUCCAGGUGCCUUCUCUGCUAGCACCGGGCCCAGGAACCAUGGUAGCAUGGGUAGAACAAAACUAGUCAUCAACCGAGACAUUCGCAGUGAUCUUUUCACCACCCCCAGCAAGGAUCGGCACCCACCUGAGCUGGUCAACACACGCAAGGUCAAGCGUGUCAGCUUCGAUCCUUCCACGGCAACUGCUGCGAUUGAGCAGGGAGAAUCCACCUCUAGGGAGGAGACACCAUCGGGCAGCGCCGAAGAUCUGGGCUACAUUCGCCCCGCAACCCGCAUGGCUAACGGCGUCAAUGGCUCCUCACAUUCGAGCACCGCGGAUGCCGGCCCAGAGAUGGAGCAAGUCAAGGGUAACGAACUUGCAAUCGUUCACGAGGAAGAAUCGCCGCAACGAACAUCUGCAUCCAACGGAGUCGAUUCUGCCACCAGUGAUUACUGGAUGUCCCCGUCAAAGGAGGAUAUCCAGAACAUGAACCGGGUCCAACGGCAAAAGGUCACUGAUUUCACUGUUGGGCGUCAUGGAAUCGGUAAUGUUAGGUUCCGAGUCCCAGUCGACCUAAGCAACAUCAACUUGGACGAGAUUUUUGUCGAGUUGGUCCAAUUCAGUCCUCGCUCUUGUACUGUGUACCCAAACCCCGCGAAGAAGCCAGCAAUGGGCAAGGGACUCAACGUGCCAGCAGAGAUCACUCUUGAAAACUCGUGGCCGCGAGGCAGGGAGAAGCCUGGCAGCCGUGGUCACCAGAAGCACAUUGAACGUCUUAAGCGUAUUCCAGACACCGAGUUUGUCGACUACAAUGCCGAAACCGGCGUCUGGGUCUUCCGUGUCGAGCACUUUACCACAUAUGGCCUUGACGAUGAUGACGAGGACGAUGACACCGAGAUGAACCAGUCAGAGGCUCAGUCCGGCUUUCAAGUGCGCCCCCGCCAGGGCCAGGCCUCAGAGCAAGCCUCCAUGGAUACCGCCGAUUCAUAUGCCAUCAACCGUCCGCAGCGUCAUGUUCCUGGAGCUUUUGACCCAGCUGCUGAAGCUGAAGCAAUGGACGAGGUCGUUCCAGACCAUCGCCUUUCUGUACGGCCUCCUUCGCCCACUACCACUUCCGAUUCCGCAUCCGAUGAUCUUGCGGCUGACCAUGUCCAAGACCAUGUAGACCUCGAGAUGACCGUUGAGGACGACCUUGAGUCGCCCGAGGCUGCAAUGGCCCAGGUCACCCUUCACGAUUCGACAUACCCGCCGGCAGAUGCCGUUUCUGUCAUGGAGGCACCCGCUGGGAUAAUGAGGGCGAGAAUGCGUGCAAUCAGGGAAUCGACAGCGCCUGCGCGUUACGAAGUUACUGGAGGCGAUGACUGGAUGGAUAUUUUGAAGAAGUCGGUGAACUCUGGCAGACCGCGUGACCGUGCGGCCUUGCAAAUCUCACAAGAAAUGGCUGUAAACAAGCAACCCGAACAGCCUAUCAGAGAGAAGUCCGGGAGCAGGAGGGUUGUAUCCGAUGGACGCGGCUUUGCGACAAGCAUCGAUCUGAUGAACUCCUUGUUUGGAAAGGACAAGAUCUCUAGAGCUGACGAUACGGCGGCGUUUGUGCAGCCGGCCAAGAGUUUUAUCAAGUGGCCGUAUCAAAGACAACACCAAGAUGGGGCGGCGGGUGCUAUGGACCUUGACACGCGGCAACGUCAGCUUCGUAACUCCUUCAAGCCGAGAUGGGGCCCAGACAACAAACUGCUCAUGGCCAGGACUCCGGGCUUCAAACAGCCUACGGGUAACCUGCUCCAGAUCAGCACGGGAAUCUCGACACAGGCGCGUGAGGUCUGGUCUCUCAAACUAUCCCACAACUCACCAAAGCUUGGCGCGGAACCUCACCACCGAUCUUGGAUUGCCACUCGCCUUGGGCCUGGUAAUGUGCCCGAGGUUGUGCAGCCAGAGAGAGUCCCUCUGUUCAAGGACAUUGUCAACGAUCUAUCAAGCACCGCCUCUGCUACAAGCUACGAGGUCUUGGUAUGGGAGUUAGCCAGCAUUCUAUUUGAUCCCAUCGAGGGCUCCAAUGUGCAGCUCCUGCGGCGACGGAAGCUGUCUGAGUUCUGGCAAAGGUUGGUUCAAGACAAGACCUCGGUGGCUACCGCAGAAGCAAGCAGAAGCGAUGAAAAGGCUUUCCUCUCCCUCGCCGGUCAUCAAGUUGCCGACGCUUGCAAGCACCUCAUUGAUGCCAAGAACUUCAAGCUAGCCACACUUACUUCUAUGGUGGGCACAAGCGACAAAGCAAGGGAGGAUAUGGCCGAGCAAGUACAAGUGUGGCAUGAUGGCGAUGUACUCUCGGAAAUUGAGAGUCCUCUCAGGGCCAUAUACGGUCUGCUUGCAGGCGACGUUGCUGUCUGCGAGGGGAAGACUGGAGCAGGCAGUGAGAAUCGCCUUGACACGCUGAUUUUGUCCAACCAGUUCGGACUCGAUUGGCAGCAGUCAUUCGGCCUCCGCUUGUGGUACGGUAUAUCCACGGGAGAUGAUAUCUCCAAGGCGAUCGAAAAGGCGGACGAGGACAUGGGCAAAGGGUUGAUCCCGGAGCCUAAGCCUUGGUAUCUGGACGAGGCGGCACGAGAAGACAAGGAGAAUUCGGAAAACACCCAGGACUUGAUGUGGGGUUUGCUGAAGCUGUAUGCCGGAAGGGUCAAGCUCGAAGAUGUUCUGCGUCCUGAAAGCUGCUCGCCUUCGCACACCGACUAUUCUCUGUGCUGGCAACUCGGGCAGCUGCUCUCAGUCUCGGGCAAGACAUCUUUCGAAUCUCGUGCCAAGGCUGACUCGCUCACCGUCUCGUAUGGUGCGCAGUUGAUGGAGAAUAUGAAUUGGUCUCAGGCGGUUACUGUUUUGCUGCAUCUUUCGGACAGAACGUCACGAGCCAAGGCUGUCCGUGACGUUAUUGCCCGGGUUGCAAUGGAGUUCGCCAACACUCCAUACAAUGCGAGCGAGCAAAACCAACAAGGCGUCAAGCAACUGUUGGAGCUGGAGCAAUAUCACAUUCCCAAAGCCUGGAUUGCUGAGGCGUGUGCUCUUUCCUACAGAUAUCUUGCAAACGGUCAGGACUGCACGCACCCUGUCAACUUUGGCCUCGUCGUCAAGGAGGUGCGUUGCCUGGCGCUUGCAGAGCAGGCUCAGGAAUUGCAGACGGCUGUGGUACGGAGGUUGGACCCGUUGGCUAUUCUACAAUGGCACCCAGAACGGGAUCUUGAACGACUGGUGCAAUACCUGCGAGCACGUCCUGUAAACGAUGGGCUGGCAGACAUUGCGGUACUUGCCAGCGGGAAGGGACAGGACACUAAACGACAAGCGAGGUCUGCCUUUGACUAUGAUAGGUACCUUGCCAUGUUGAAGAAAAGGUACGAGGAGACGGAUGAGCGCGAUGUUGUUACUCUUGCGGCACUGGCGACAUUGUCGGAAUGGGUGGAAAACAAGAGAUUAAACUUGUGA